UAAUUCAUCCUUUUUCCAUUCCAAACAUUCGUCAAGUUAUGACACGUUUAUUUUUGUGCUCUCUCCGUACACGCUCUCAAAAAAGUGUUAGAAAUUCGCCAUUUUUUUUUCUCCGGCAUCUCAUAAAUGUCGCCGCCUUCUUCAUUUUCCAGUGAAACAGUGCAAAUAUUUCGAAAUGUUAAUGGAAAAGUUAUUAAUUUAAAGAUAAAAAAUGAGAAGGAAAAUAAAGUACGAACGUUUAUUAUUCAUGGAAAUGAAAAAAUACACGUUUGGAUAGAAAUUUUAAAAUGUUGCGUAUUUCUCGUCACAUGUUUCUUUGUUAAUCGUUUACUCUUUAUUUUCAUCUUUGGAGUACUUUUGCUGUGGCAUUAUAAAAAUUUAGCAACCACUGUUGUAGCAGAUUCCCUUCUAGUAAUCGAAUCUGUAGGAGUUCAAAUUGUCAGUAGACGCCGUUGUUUUGGCCUCUACGCGACUGAAUUUCUACCAUGGAACAUAAUUCAAGACGUAUUCAUUAAUGAAGUGAUAGUAGAGAGAAGAGUCCUGUAUUAUUUAACAUUUCUUGUUGAAACUGAAAAUCAAGGGACAAAUCCAGUUCGUUUGGUUCCUCUCUUUCGAAAUAUGAAGCCUGAGAAAAAAUGUCUAGAACAUAUUUAUCUUCAAUUGGCAAUAUUCAUCAAACCAGUCAACGUCAAGAAAAGUUGACACACAAGUAUCUAUUACUUAUUUAAUAAAUUUUUAUUCAAUCAUUGCCAAUGCCAAAAAUACUAUAGGUAUUUUUUUUAUUAUAUUUUAUAAACCGUCACAACAAAUUUUUAUACAUUUUUAUAUUUUUGACAAUUUUUACUUUGCACUGUUCAAAAAAAUUGUCUUUAGAAUGUAGUUUGUAGUUAAUAGUUAAAGGAAAAAGAAACGAAGAAAAUCGUUGAAAAUAGAAUACGAAAGUAAUUUUUUUUAAUAUUUAAAUAAACUAAUUGCAAAAUGUGAUAUAUUUUCCGUACGCUUUAAAAAUUGUUAAAAAAAAGAGAAUUGUGCCCUAGAAAUCUAAUUACAGAAUAGUUAACUCAUUAAUUCAUAGAAAUGAGUAUGGAAAUAAUCGCAAAAUAGAGGAAGUGAGAUUUUCUAGUCAUAAUUAAUGACGAUGAUAGUAUACGAUGUUACCAAUACAGAAAUGUAUAAUAAAUUAACCUGAUUGGUCAAAAUAAAGCUGCUUAUUUGAAAUGGAUUUGGAACAAAAAUUUGGAUUCAUUUGAAUCUUUUGUUUCUAACGUAUGUUUAAUUAAAUUUUUUAAAAAUAUAUCUUUACAAAUAGAUUCCAAAUGAGUUGGCAUUAUUUCGAUCAAUCAAAAAAUAAUCAAACAUCAUUUCUUCAACUCUGGUAGUUGCAUUAAAAGCAAUGAUUUUAACUUGUAUAGUUUAUAUAUAUUUGCAAAAAUGUAAUUUAUUACAAAUUUUAAAAUUUUUUAUAAGAUAAGAGCUGUAUGUUUUUUGAAAUAUUAGUCACACAUUUAUUUUUUUAAAAACUAGGUGAAUUUCUAUGUUAGGAAUAAAAAUGUUGAUGUUAAAUACUUUUAAAAAUUUGAUUCUUGGUAGUAAUUCAUAAUAACAAUCAACUUUCUUGUACCAGUUGAUUUUCUAUAAUGGUUUAAUUUUUUUGAAUUUUGGGUCUCUGGAGGUCUCAUUAUAUUCAUUAAAAUUGGCUAAUGAUUUAAUGCUUUUGCAUUAUUUUACUCAACAGUUUUCCGAUGGAAACAAAGAUGAGAAUAAAA